UCCACCCCCACAGCAAGAGUGCGCUAAAGGCUUUACGGGAAAUGAAUGUAAACAAGCUACCUGCUUGUUCCUCGUUUGUUGGUCAUCGGGAAACGGCGUGCAGUGUGUGGUAGAGGAGAAACCAAACAAAAGAAGGGUCUGAUGUCAUGUUUCAACCGUGUUGAAGAUGACAUUAAUGCCAGGAGUCCAGGGUCUGCUAGGCCUUCACAGAACCCUUGUACCAGCUUUUAGCUGCUUUGUCUCAUCUCCCGCCCAGCUGACAUCUGUCGGUCUUCCCAGGUUACUUUGCACCAUCACUGCAACUGUCAGCGACUCAAAGCCUUCAGUGGGACCUGAGAAUGAGUCCUUGCUGGAGAGCUUGACCUUCAUGGGGGUGGACGUGAAGAUGGUGCGCCAGCGCCAACCGGGAGUGCUUCGCAAGGUCAUCACCAAUGAGCAAGGUCUGGCUCACUUUCUCCAUGGCAAAGGCGCUAGCCGCAAAGUGGUGGCCGGCAUCAUCUCCCGGUACCCACGAGCCAUCACUCGCUCGGGCGAGCACUUGGAGCAACGCUGGGCGAUGUGGCGGAGUGUCUUCAAGAGCGACAGCGAAAUCGUCAGCAUUCUGGACCGCUCGCCCGAGUCCUUCUUCCGUUCGAGCGACAACGACAACCUGGAGAAGAACAUCGUGUUCCUGGGAUCGCUGGGCCUCAACACCAAGGACCUCCACCGCCUGCUGACCACGGCGCCACGGACCUUCUCCAACAGUGUCGAGCUCAACCGUCAGAUGGUGGAGUUCCUGGAAGACGUGUGCGCCGAGUUGGGUGGAGAGGACCCUGGGCAGUUCGCCAAGGUAGUGAUUUCCCGAAAUCUCUAUAUCCUCAUCCGUAGCACCAAGAGGGUGAAGGCAAACAUUGACUUCCUCAAGGCGACUUUCAAGAUGAGUGAUCCAGAGCUGCUGGCUCUGCUGCAGGGGGCUGGGGCAGAAAUCCUGGACCUCUCUAACGAGUACCUGAAGCGAAACCUCAAGAUGCUUCAGGAGAAGCUGGUGUCUCUCGGCUGUCGGAAAGUCGACGUCAAGAAACUGAUCGUCUGCUACCCCACUGUGCUGUUCAUCGGAUCGGAUACGCUGAGUUCAAAACUGGACUGUCUAUUAAAGGGAGGGAUCACUAUGAGGCAGAUAUUGGAGAAACCUAAAGUCCUGGAGUACAGCACGCAGAACAUCACAGGGCGACUAGAGGAGCUGCAUAAACUCCGUUAUGACUUUGAAAAGAACGGCAUCAACAUUCUGGACUCUAGCCGAAAACGGUUCGACGCCAAGUUGGAAAGACUGGCUGUCUCGUCAGAGGAAUGAGUUGUAUCAAUGUUUGGGUUAUGCUUAGAAUGAAUCAGACAUUUUGUUGCACUAGAUUUUUGUCAUUGCUGCCUGAAGCAUGACCUCUACAUAUCACUGUCCUCCUCCUAAACUAUAGAAUUUGAUUGUGCAUAGCUGUAAUAAGCAAGGUAUACGGUAGGUAAAACAAGUCAAUGAUAAAGAGAAUCAUGUCAGUAUCAGGAAACAUUUAUUUUAAUGUAAACCAAAAAGAGUAAGUCUAUGUAAAGUAGUAUCAUCAUAUUUGAUCUAUGAUUUAGAUUUUUACGUAAGCUAACGAACUGUGCAUUGUAGUACUGUGUCAAUGUAUUUCUCAUGAUUGAUUCUGAGGCACCUUAUUGAACUUACCAAUGGUUUUACAGAACUGUAAACUGCCAAGAGGCAUUUUCCCUGACAGAUUCUCAAACUUCUCUUUUGCCAGAUGAGUUGUCUGAUGAGAAAUCAGCCAAACCCUUUCUUCCUAGCUUACAGUGCAUUCGGGAAAGUGUUCAGACCCCUAGACCUUUACCACAUUUUGUUACGUUACAGCCUUACUCUAAAAUUUAUGAAAUAAAUACAAAUCCUCAUUGAUCUACA